AUGAGCCGGAGAGAGCUGGGAGACGCUUCUUUGGUGCACAGCGUGCUCCCCCGAGGCCUGAAGGAAGCGUCCCCGGCCGGCGUGCCUCCGGUGCAAGGCUUGCUGGCGCUGCUCCUCUUGCUGCUGGCUGCUUUGCACGUGGCGAAGCUCCUGGCGCGGGAGCGGCUGCGACGGAGGAGGCUGGAGCCGCCGGGCCCUUUCCCGUGGCCUCUGCUAGGCAACGCGGCUCAGCUGGGCAGCGCCCCUCACCUGGCCUUCGGGCGCCUGGCGGCCACCUACGGCAACAUCUUCCAGCUGCGCUUGGGCAGCUGGCCCGUGGUGGUGCUGAGCGGCGAGCGCGCCAUCCGCGAGGCCCUCAUCCGCCAGGGAGCCGCUUUCGCGGGCCGGCCCCGGUUCCCGUCAUUCCAGCUGGUGUCCGGCGGGCGCAGCCUGGCCUUCGGGGGCUACUCCGACCUAUGGAAGCUGCAGCGGCGCCUGGCGCACUCCACCGUGCGCGCUUUCUCGGCGCGCCGCCUGCUGGAGCGGCCCCUGCUGGCCGAGGCGCGCACCGUGGUGUGGCUACUGGCGGGCGCCUGCGCCGGCGGCGCCUUCGUCGACCCGUCGAGGAGCCUGGUGGUGGCCGUGGCCAACGUCAUGAGCGCGCUGUGCUUCGGCCGCCGCUAUAGCCACGCCGACGCCGAGUUCCGGCGCCUGGUGGGCCGCAACGAGCAGUUCGGGCGCACGGUGGGCGCGGGCAGCCUGGUCGACGUGCUGCCCUGGCUGCAGCGCUUCCCCAACCCGGUGCGCUCCGCCUUCCGUGCUUUCCGUGCCCUCAACCACGAGUUCUACAGCUUCGUGCGCCAAAAGUUCGUGUGGCACCAGAGCAGCCUCCGGCCCGACGACACCCUCCGCGACCUCAUGGACGCCUUCAUCCGCCUCCAGCAGGCGCAGCCCGGCCUGCCGGUGGAGCACGUGCCGGCCACCGUCACGGACAUCUUCGGGGCCAGCCAGGACACCCUCUCCACAGCCCUGCAGUGGCUCUUGAUCUUUCUCAUCAGGUACCCAGAGGUGCAAGCUAAGCUGCAAGAAGAAAUCGACAAAGUCAUUGGCAGAGACCGCUUGCCUUGUGCUGAGGACCAGCCCCAUUUGCCUUACGUCAUGGCUUUCCUUUACGAAUCCAUGCGCUUCAGCAGCUUUGUGCCAGUCACCAUUCCGCAUGCCACCACUGCCGACACCACCCUAAUGGGCUAUCGCAUCCCCAAAGAUACGGUGGUCUUUGUCAAUCAGUGGUCAGUGAAUCAUGACCCGGUGAAAUGGCCCGCCCCAGAGGAUUUCAAUCCAGCAAGGUUCCUGGAUGAGAAUGGAUUCCUCAACAAAGACCUCACUAGCAGCGUGAUGAUUUUCUCCGUUGGAAAGCGUAGAUGCAUUGGGGAAGAGCUAUCCAAAGUGCAGCUCUUUCUCUUUAUCGCAAUCUUGGUGCACCAGUGCAAUUUCACUGCUAACCCUAAGGAAGAUUCCAAAAUGGAUUUCACCUACGGCUUGACUAUUAAACCGAAGCCAUUUACACUCAAUGUCACACUUCGAGAUACCAUGGAUUUACUGGAUAACACUGUACAGAGACUUCAGGCAGAAAAGGGCUCUGAAAAUUGCCUGCCAAAUAUGUAAGCUCUGAAAUUUGAACACUGUAAUAAUUGUAUAAGGAUCUUGAUUCAUCCUUCUCUUUUUAUAUUUAAGUGAAAUGAAUUGAAAUAUAAUGUAUUCUGGAGAGCUAUAAGCAUGAUAUGAAGUAAAACUAUGUAUACCUUUUUAAAAAUUGGUAUCUUCCAUACCUUUGCAUUUCUUGCCAGCCAUCAAAGGCAUUCUCCAAAGUAUUGGUUGUUGUUGUAAUUCUUAGGGUGGUUCCACAUACUGAGUAUGGAAUUGCCA